AUGGUCAGCGACCAGCAGCCACACCACGUGCUGGGGGGAGAGACUGACGAGCCAAAACAGACAAAGAACGAAGGGAAUGAAAUCGGCCACUGCCGGAUCGCGCGCUACAAUCGACGAGACCAACGUCUCCAGGUCCUUUCAGAGUUGGAGCAGCGACAGUAUCACGGGCUACAACGGCUGCAGCAAGAGCAGCAAGGCACCGCUGCCGUGGACGCCUUGUCCGACUGUGUGUAUGUCGUCAACGGUGCAAUUGCGCCUGAAACUACCCGCGUGAUCAUCAAAAGCCUCGGCACAGUACUGCACGACGUACCAUUCACAAUCGUCGGCUGCGCCGCGCUCAUCCACCACGGACGCGACCGGCACGUCUCGCGCAUCACGCUUGUCUGCCCAGGGGACUGCGUGCGCACCAUCUACCACCGGGCGCAGGCACAUGGCAUGUACCGGUUCCACGGCGACUGGCACGACUCGUUUGGGUACCAGUCGCCGGACGGGUCGUUGUACCGCGUGCGCGUGCGCGCCGUGCACAGCGCGCCGUUCAGCAAGAUCCGCACCUCCUGCGCCGGCGACGACGACAACCGCGCCCAGGUCAUGCCGCUGGCCAGCAUGGUCACCGAGUACGCGCGCCUGUACGCGGCCGCCGUGCGCCGCUCGGCCAGCCGCGACCAGGGCCUCAUUGGCGGCGACAUCAUGUGGAUGCUGCGCCGCAUCGCCGCGCUGGGUCCCCGCGGCGCGGGAGGCGGAGACAGCAGCGACGGGGCGUUUACGCUCGACGAGGCGCCCUGGAUCCUGACACGAGGCUUCUGGGAGCCGUUCAUCUGCAGCCACCCGGAGGCUGUCGAGCUCUUCCGCGUUGCCGGCGCGUUUCCCUGCGUCGCCGGGCAAACAGGCGCCGAGUGUGUCGCCUGUCUCGACCAGAAACGGCCCCGCCCGGGGGAUCUGGUGCGGCGGCGGGAUCACUUGCCCCGUCUGCGGGCUUGGACGGACCUGGAAGAGCCGCCGCUGCCUAUGCCGUGUCUGCAGUCGUCGCGUGCUGCGCGCGUCGUCUCGGUUCGAGAAGCAGCCAGCACCGCCAGCUCUCGGGUGGCCUCGCCCGCAUGUGAUUCUGCGACUUUUGUUUCUGCUGUCGAGCGGGUGUCAAUGGCGACGAUCAUCACAGCUGUGGACGUGGGCCAGGUUGACAGAUGGCAGAGCCAAACAUCUGAAGGGCAUUGA